CUAGUGUUGCAAGCGCGGUCGCGGAGAAUGAUGCUGAAAAUAGCUACAUACAUUCUUGGUCUGCUUGGCAAUACUUGGAGCGGAGUUGUGGAGAAACCGCAAAACACUCACUGUACAACUCAAGCAGCAACCACUCUGAAAAUCUUCAAGAUUCGACUUUUAAUAUCAGCACUCCGCUGCUGACAUCACAACAGACUUCCAC